GCGCUGGCAAUAAAAGGAGGACGUGUUGUGGGAUUGGCAGCGUGGUGAACGUUUGAACGUUAGCGUCGCGAUGCCGUACUUCGCUGUCCGUACCACAGACACGCCAGCCAUCAAGAAUGCUCCCAUUGAAGGCCUCGCCGAGGGCAAUGGCUCCUUCAACAACAUACAUCUUGCCGCCCUCAUCAUAGUCGUGCCAUGGAUCGUCAAGCGUAUACUCCCGGUCGUUCACCAUGGUGGUCUCAAGACCUAUCUCUUCCUCCUGGUGCUUUUGGGUGUUCCUGUGGCAAUCGGCUACUGGACUGUAAUGAGCAGGUUCGGCAGGCGUAAGAAUGAGAAGGUCCAACUGCCGGGCAGGAACCUGGAGGAGUAUAUCACGAUUCACGACCCCGACCUCAAGGCUAAAUACCACACCAAGGAGAAGAUCCCCAUGCAGGUCUUCCAUGACGCGUACUUUGAAGGCAAGAUUGAUUUCAAUGGUGAGCUGUCGCGUUGUACCGCCUCGCAUACCCGUGGUACUAUCAUGUCUCUAGAUGAUGUCCUUGAUGUUAUGGAGCAACGUCAUGAUUGGUCCAAGCUGGUCUUCACUCCUGAACUUUUCAAAUAUGUCUUCUUCAAUUUGAUUCCCGACGUCAUCAGACAUACUGAGACCCAGGACGAAGAACAAGUUCGCGACCAUUAUGACCGAGGCGACGACUUUUACGAAUGGUUCCUUGGUCCUCGCAUGAUCUACACGUCUGGCAUUGUCACCGAUAUUACGCGCGAAGAGACUCUCGAGGAACUGCAGGACAACAAGCUUACUAUCGUCUGCGAGAAGCUCGACUUGAAACCCGAGGACCACUUGCUUGAUAUCGGUUGUGGAUGGGGUACCUUGGCCGCUUUCGCUGCCAAGAACUACGGAUGCAAGGUCACUGGUGUCACUCUCGCCGAGAAACAGACUGCUUUCGGUAACGAACGUAUUGCCAAGAACGGGUGCGAUCCCUCAAGGGCUAAGAUCCUCUGCACUGAUUUCCGCUUCACCCCCGGAGGCAGGGGUGCUUAUACGAAGAUUGUCAGCCUGGAGAUGGCAGAGCAUGUUGGAAUUCGUCGCUACCAGAGCUUCCUUCGUCAAGUCUACGACCUCUUGGAUGAUGACGGUAUUUUCGUUUUCCAAGUUGCCGGUAUCCGUCCCCAUUGGCAAUACGAAGAUCUCAUCUGGGGUCUCUUCAUGAACAAGUACGUCUUCCCCGGUGCGGACGCGUCCUGCUCUCUCGGUUGGGUUGUCUCCCAACUGGAGAAGGCCGGUUUUGAAGUGAAAAACAUCGACGUCUUAGGCGUACACUACAGCGCCACCAUCUACCGGUGGUACAAGAACUGGGUCUCAAAUAAGGAGAAGGUAUUGGAGCACUAUGGUGAACGGUGGUACCGUAUUUGGGUCUUCUUCCUUGCUUACGCUACCAUCAUCUCUCGAAACGGAGGCGCAUCGGUCUUCCAAUUCACUCUUCAUAAGAACUUGAACGCAUACCCUCGGAUCCUCGGUGUUCCCAAUCACGCUUCCAUCCACGUCAAGCCCCGCGUUCAGAUCCAGCCGGUGGAUUGAUUUGCUUCUCUGGACUCUCUAGUGCUGCUCGGGAAAAUUAGACUAGAAUAUAUACUAAGUACUGAUGUUUAUCCUGCGGUAUUGCUUUCAUCUCCGACGAAUAUAUGGAUUCCCUCUCUCGGACGUAUCAUUUGAUUUCUUUGCUG